AACAGCUGGACUCUUUAAGCAGCUGCUUUUUCUCAGCUAGAUUCUGAGCGGAGACGUCUGUUUGUUUGCAGAGGAUGAGGUGGUGAUUUACUCCUGGAUGUUUCUCCGGUCCGUUUAAAAUCCAGCAGGACAGAGUGAAGCUGUCAGGUUUCUUGCAGCCGGGCGGAGAAGAGGUGUCCCUCCCACCAUGGACUACAUUUCCCACCGUGUACUGUCUCUGGGUUACAUCAUCCAUACCUCACUGUGAAAUUUCAUUUAGCAAGUAUGCAAACUUUCAAACGUUUGCCUUCUUUUGAGAUGGAUCAGUUAACUGUCGGAAUAAACGAUGUUCAAGCGAAUGUUGAGAAUGAAACUGUAGCCACAUCCUUUGCUUGAAUGUAUUUCAUGCCUCUAAAGCAACACACCCUCAUACCAGCAGCACUGAUUUCAGUCCUAACGCUGGCUAAUGGGGGCCUCUCAAAGGUGCAGGUCAUCCAUAAACCCUUCUUCUUUUAGUUCUCUUUUCUUUGUGGGAACACUUCUCUUCUCUUUGAUGAUGACCGCCUAUGCCUGCCCUAAGCUCUGCCACUGCACAGAGAGGAACGGCAUGGUGGUGCAGUGCACUUCGCGCAACCUGGAAAGCAUCCCGCCGAACUUACCCAAGGACACUGUGGUUCUCCUGCUCUCGUCGAACCAGAUCCGACACGUCCCGAAAGGAGCCUUCGCUGACCUUCACCGCCUCAGGGAGCUGGAUCUAUCUCACAACGUCUUGGAGAGCGUGGAGGUCGAUGCCUUUCAGGGGGUUUCCGAAGCCCUGCGGACCUUGGAUCUUUCAAACAACCAUCUGAGCGGCCUCCCCAGGGACACCUUCACCAAGCUGCACGCCCGAAUCCGCCUCUCCCAGAACCCCUGGCACUGCGAGUGCUCGCUGCAGGAGACACUGAGGGAGCUGAGGCUCGACCCUGAGACGGUGAACGAGGUCAGCUGUUUCACGUCAGAGCAGGAGGAGUACGUGGGACAGCCGGUGAUCCAGGUCCUGGACUCGGGGAUCAACUUUUGCAACUUCCACCACAAGACGACUGACGUAGCCAUGUUUGUGGCCAUGUUCUGCUGGUUCUCCAUGGUGACAGCUUACAUCAUUUACUACAUCAAACACAAUCAGGAGGACGCCAGAAGGCACAUGGAGUACCUCAAAUCACUGCCCAGCACUUCUCACAUGAGCAAGGACUACGACACAGUGAGCAGCGUGUUUUAGGACGAAUAUGGAUCAAAGUGCAGCGAUGAAUACAAAUGACAGAGAGGCGAUGAAUAUGUUUACAGCGAGCAAUACUGAGAAGUGACAGGCGUGAAGGCACAAAGAUUUAAGGAGGAGGUUUUAAAAUGUUGCUGUCAUCAUCAAGUGCAGGCUUUAAACAAAAAGAAAGACACAGCUCAGACUCAGAUAUUUUACUUCUUUAAUAACAAAAGAUGUCAGAUCCUUAUUUCUCACUCCAGUGUAUUUAACACACCUCAAAAGUUUGCAUAUCACACCAAGUUAUAGAAGUUCAGCUACCAGCUGAGGAGAACCUGAGAGCCACUUGAGUGUGAAAUAGAAAUGAGCUCCUCGACAAAUAAUUCCCAUGGCUUCACAGAAAAAUAUCCAAGUUUGAUUUUGUUUAAUGCAUUUAAAAAAAAAGAAGAAGCAGGGGGACCUUUAGGGGCAACAGCAGAGAAAUUAGCUGUAGUAGCUGUUAAUCUCUGUUAAAACUGAUAUAUGUUUCCCUCCUAAUGUUAAGAUGAUGUAUGCUUAAUGAUGCAAUGCAUAAAGGAUAUAGGUGUUGUAGAGAGGAUUUGAUGGCUGUAGGAACCCCUGUGACACCCCUGCACUGUCAAUUUAAGGUGGCUUGGCAGCCCAGAAUUACAUUUCACACUUGAGCCCUCGUUUUGCUUCAAAUGUUGAUGAGUUUGUAACUUUUGGAAGAAGAAAUAUGAUAAAUUCCUGCCACAAAAACAAAGUUCAGUUUGAGAACUGAACUGAUCGUCUCUUUCUCUAUUUUUGCUUAACUAAACUACACACACGAAAUGUUUCAUCAAAUUUCAGAUUCUGGAAAGUAUAGUCGGCCACAACUAAUUUGGCUCAAGGAUUCUUCCGGCUAAAAGGGAGAUUUUCCUCCCCGCUAUCGCCAAGUGCUUGCUCACAUGGGUCACUGGAUUGUUGUGGCUUUCUCUGUAUUAUUAUAGGUUCUUAACCUUACAAUA